CAAACAUCAACACUACAACACGGGAAUUUAUUUUUAAAAUUUGGCUAUUUAAACCAGAGCAUGUCGGAUACGGACAAAGACACCAUCGACACGUUCGAGGAACUGAGCCGGGUAGCGAAUGACUCACCACCAGGAAACGUUUCACAAGUGCUGGAGAAAAUCCAAGCGAUAAGCGCACAAAAAUUCGACGAAAUCGAGUGUACGGCAGUGUUCACGAAACUGCUGAAGGACGGCGGAGGCGAUGACACUUCAAAGGUCACUCUGUGCAAAACAAUUGCGGAAAUCACGAAAAACAACAAACAACGCGAAAGUUUCUCGAACGAGACAAUCGUUGCGGAAUUGCUAAAAAUCCUUGAACGGAAUUGCGACGGCAAGAAUUUGGCAUUGACGAUCCAGGUGUGUCGUGCUUUGGGAAAUUUGUGUUACGAGAAUCAAAAGGCCCGUUUGCUAAUUAGUCCCAAAGUUGGGGUGCUCUUCAACUUACUCGAUGUGAAGAACGAUGGAGUCCCAAAGGAGACAUGGACUCUCUUUAUCAAGACGCGAUGCGGACUAAUUUCGAAUUAUCUGGUGGGAAGUGAAGAAAUUGCCGCACAAGCCGUGCAAAUGAAACUCGUACAAAGAAUUCAGGAAAUUAUGAAGGGAGUCGUGAACAGCGAUACUGUUGAGAAAAAUGAAGAUUUACUGAUAAACAUUCUACCUCCAUUGAGUAUUCUCAAUGAAUUGACGGAAAUUACGUUCGAUGUUCCAAUGGUGCGGUUAUUGGUGCAAAUUUUGGGAAAAUCUGAUAAUCCAGAGCUGGGCGAGAUGUGUCUUGAGUUGUUGCAGUGCCAAGCGGAGAACGAUGACGUCAAAUAUUGUCUGGCGAAAGAAGGUGUUGCCGACACGCUAUUCGAUCUCUUGGAAAAAUUCAAGAAAUCCGGUGCCGGAGACGAAAGUCGUCGUGCUCUCCUCAAACUCGCAUGUGAUUUAAUUGUUCUCAUCCUCAAUGGUGACGAUGCCAUGCAUUAUCUCUACACGACACCGUUUCCCGGUCGCAUCGAAAAGUGGCUCGAUUCUUACGACAUGGAUCUCCUCACGACCGGGGUCCUGGCAAUCGGAAAUUUCGCCCGCACCGAUUCACAUUGCACCGACAUGGUGGAACGGGGCAUCAUGAAAACCCUAAUUGCCAUCUUGGCGAAGAACAAUGGCACGGAAGACGAUAUGCGACUGCAACACGCUUUGCUAAGUGCUUUGCGAAAUCUCGUAAUCCCGAAACCAAACAAGGCAGCUGUCGUUUCGGACGGUCUGGUGGAGACAAUUUUACCGAUGCUCGACAUUCAUCAGCCACCGGUCGUAUUUAAGUUGCUCGGAACGUUGCGCAUGACAAUUGACGGACAAGAGUCACUCGCCAUGGAAUUACUGCAAAACCAAAAACUGAUCGAGCAGCUAAUUGUCUGGAGUAAGACGAUUGAUUAUCAUGCCGGAGUCUCGGCAGAAUCGCUAAGACUCAUUGCCUGGCUGAUUAAACACGCGUACAAGGACAAAACUUCUGACGGCACGAAACUCGAUGACAAAAAUCUGCACAAAUUCAUCCAGAUCCCGGACGCUGUCAAUUCGCUCGUUACGAUGCUUAGCAGCUCGCAUGUCGUGAUGCAAAAUGAAGCUUUAAUCGCCUUGUGUAUCUUGUCCGUGACGUGUUUGCGCAACGCUUCGGAAGGCGUCCAGCUGGAUGACAUCCUUAUCGAGUCGCAUAUCGGUGACAAAAUCUCCAACUUUAUUACACGCAAUGCGGAUACGAUGACGAAGGAAAUUGUCGAGAACCUUCGGACGCUACUGGCACAUUUGAGACACUCCGAGAAGCUGCUGAGUCAUUUGAACGAGUUCAAUUUGGACGAAUUGAUUAAGGCAAUUCCUAGUCUUAAAGAAUAUUGUACGCUUUAAAAAAAUGAAAUUUUAAACGAAAUUAACACAAAAGUAUUUAAAAAACGAGUCUUGUGAGCAAAGAAUGCAUUUAUCUAUAAAGCUAUUAAUUUUUUUACCUUCUAACUUUAAUAACAUUUGUAUUUUGUAAGAAAUAAGAAAAAAUAUCUAGAAAAGUUGCAAUAAAUUAAUAAUUCU